AUGGCCGGAGGUCAGGCAAACGGCGCGAAUGGCGUAAACGGCGCUGGCACCAUGUUCCCACCACCACGAUACUCGGACGUGCCCAGUUCUAUUACCAUCUCGGUCGCCGAUGAGGAAGGAGGCCAGCUGGAUGUUGAGAUCCCGCUCGAUGACCAGAUCCAAGACGACCCAACCGAGUUAUGCGACAUUCUCGAGGCCGAGAAGAGCGCGACAUCAACGUGGGUGCAGGUCGCCGUCGCCUAUGCAAAGCACAAGCGCAUAGACACGGCCAUAGACGUGCUGAAACAGGCCACGGGCGUCUUCAACCGCGCCCACAGUGAAGUCCGCCUCAGCAUCCUCAACGGCCUGUGUUGGCUGUAUCUGCAAAAGUGUCGCGAAGCACCGCGUGUGAAGCCCCAUGGCGACACCAAGCUGAAGGACUUCUGGAUCCAAUCCGCUACCGGAGUGCUCAACGAUGCCUCGCGAAUUAGUCCCUCGCACCCUCCCUUGUUUCUGGCUCGCGGCGUCUUAUACCUCCUCAAGGCCUCCCUCCAGGGUCCAGCCACAGCCGCUGGCUCGACCGUUAGUCCAGAGCGCAUGGAGACGCUCAAGCAGGCCGCAAAGUGCUUCGAGGACGCGCUGAGAGCUUCUGGUGGAAGGAACCUCAUGGCCAAGAUGGGCAAGGCGCGCGUGAACUACUCCAUGGGCAAGUGGGCAGACGCUCUAAAGGGCUAUCAGAACAUCCUCGAGAGUUCGCCAGACCUCCUCGACCCAGAUCCACGUAUCGGUAUCGGCUGCUGCUUCUGGCAAUUGGGCCACAAGGACGAAGCUGCCACCGCCUGGCAAAGGUCGCUCGAACUCAACCCAAAGUCUAAAAUCGCCCUGAUCCUCCUCGGCAUCUACAACUUCCAAUUGACUGCUAACCUGUCCACCGCCGAUCCCAAGUUUGCCGCCUUGAUCAAGAAGGCAACGGGCGAAUACAUCCAGCCUGCGUUGAAGUUGGAUAACCAAUACCCUCUGAGUUGCGCAACAGUCGGAACCUACCUCAUACUCAGGAAGGACCUGGGAAAGACCGAGGAUGUAGCCAGGCGCGCCAUCGAGCUUACCGACACCAACGCUAUUGCCAGUGAUGGCUGGUAUCUCCGGGCCAAGAUUGCGCACCAGCAGGAGAACACGACCCUCGCAGCAGAAUACUACUCCAAGUCCGACCAGGCUCGCGGAGGCGAAGAGCGGGGCUAUAUACCAGCAAAGUUCGGUCUGGCUCAGAUGAAUGUCUUGAUGAGCAACUAUGACGGUGCCAAGUUCCGUCUAGAAAAGAUCCUCCAGCAAUCACCCAACGUGGAAGCGCAAACAUUGCUGGGUACUCUCUAUGCUGAGGAUGUAUUUGCUGCUCAGAACAGCAAAUCCACAGAGGACAAGUCUGCCGAGUUGAGAAAGGCACUCAAAUAUCUGGAAAGCGUCCAGAACGCAUGGAAGGACCCCAAGAAGAAGGUCAUACCUGACCAGUCCGUGCUGCUCAACCUGGCUCGUCUCUACGAGACGGAUCACCCCGAGAAGAGCUUGAAGUGCCUCGAAGAGGUGGAGCAGAUGGAGAUUGAUGCCAUUCCAGAAGAAGACUACCCAGAGGGCCUGGAAGAGGGUGCCGAACUCAAAGCCGCACUCCGUCAACUACUGCCACCACAACUUCUCAACAACAUGGGUUGCUUCCAGUUCCAGGCGGAGCGCUACGUCCGAGCUCAGGAGCUUUUCCAGGUCGCUCUCAACGCUUGUGUCAAUGCCGAAAACCGUGACAACACCAUCGAUACAGAUGCACUCGUCACUUCCAUCAGCUUUAACCUCGCUCGAACCUACGAAGCCGAGGGUGAGCCAGAGGAAGCCAAGAAAGUCUACAAUAGUCUACUCCAACGACACCCCGACUAUGUUGACGCACGCAUUCGUCUGACCUACAUCGCCCUCAAAGAACACCCUCAAGACGAAGGCCCAAGGGCAAUGAAGGAUCUCUUCAAAGAGAACGAAGACAACGUCGAGGUCCGAGCGCUCUAUGGAUGGUAUGUGAACAAGUCGAAGAAGAGGACGCAGAAUUUCGCGGCCGACGAAGAGCAACGCCUUUAUAAGCACACUCUACAAAAAUCGGACAAGCACGAUCGGUACUCACUCAUGGGUAUGGGCAACAUUCAUCUUGCCAUUGCUCGUGAAAUGCCUCGCAGUUCAGAGCAAGACAAGGAGAAGCGCCGAAAAGGUUACGAGCGAGCCGUCGAGUUCUUCGACAAGGUGCUGCAACUGGACCCCAAGAACGCAUAUGCAGCGCAGGGUAUCGCCAUCGCCUUGGUUGAGGAUAAAAAGGACUACUCGACAGCUCUGCAAAUCUUCACAAAGGUCAAGGAGACGCUCAAGGAUCACAGCGUCUAUGUCAACUUGGGUCAUACAUACUGCGAGAUCAAACAGUACGCUCGAGCCAUUGAAAAUUAUGAAGCCGCUCUGUCAAAGAACCAACACAAUAACCCGAAGAUCUUGGCCUGCCUUGGACGAACCUGGUACCUUCGAGCCCGACACGAGCGCAGUGUAGCCGGUAUCCGAACUGCACUCGACUACUCAAAACAAGCUCUCAAGGCUGCUCCAUCAGAUCUCAACUCCCAAUUCAACGUCGCCUUUGUCCAGUUCCAGAUCGCUACCAUGGUUUACUCUCUCCCGGAGCAGCAGCGUACUCUUCAAGAGGUCGAUGAGGCUGCCACGGGUCUCACAGAAGCCAUCGAAGCGCUUGAGAAGCUCGCCAAAGAGGAAAAUCCGCCUUUCCCACGCGCGGAUAUCACAUCUCGUGCAAACAUGGGUCGCAACACCAUGGUCAGGCAAUUGGAGCGCGCCCGCGAAAAGCAGGCUGCAUACGAAGGCGAGAACGCAACCAAGCUCGACGCAGCACGCCGUCUCCGCGAAGCAGAAGUCCGUCGACGAGAAGAAGAGAAGAAACGCGCGGAAGAAGAAGCUCUGGAGAAGAAGCGCAAGUACGCCGAGGAACAGGAACGCCUUAUCCGUCGCGACCGCGAGCUCAUGGAAAAGCGCAACGAAGAAGAGCGCAGACGUAUGGAGGAAGACGAAGACAAGGAACUUCGCAAGGCGGAGCGCAAAGCCCGUGGGCCCAAGGGCCCCAAACGCAAGAAGAAGGACGCAGACUCUGAUACCGACGGUCUGCCCUCGGACGACGAUGAGCCCCGGUCAAGGCGAAGGAGGACUACGGCUAGUGCCACGGAAGAUCCAUCCGAUGACGAGCGCCCCCGCGAGAAGAAGAAGAGGAAGCUUGCCCGCAAGAGCGAACCGGCUGGGAAAUUCAAAUCCGCAGAGUUUAUCGACGAUGAGAGCGACGACGAGGAGCCUGCACAUGAUGCCGACAAAGCUGAGGCUAACGCUGCAACUGACGAUGCUGCUGCUCCGCGUCCCCGCAAGGCCCGCGUCGUAGACGACGAUGAUGAAGAUGACGAUGCUAUUGCUGCGCCCAAGUCAAACGGUGAUGUCGCUAUGGAUGACGAUGAGGAUGAGUAG